UCUGUAGUCUGGUGAUCGGUUGUAUGUCCCAGGGAUCUCCUGGCCCCACCUGGAGGAUGGCAACCCAGGCUGGUGGGAGAGCAGUUGCUGCUUUUCGAUUUGAAAUCUUCUUGCUCUGGUUGUGCCCUGGAAAGGCUCUUCCCAGAGACCAUGGCACAGAAAGUGGCUAUCAUUGGGGCAGGGGUAAGUGGACUGGCCUCCAUUAAAUGCUGCCUGGAUGAAGGGCUGGAGCCCACCUGUUUUGAGAGGAGCGAUGACAUCGGGGGGCUUUGGCGAUUCAGGGAAAUUCCAGAAGAAGGAAGGUCUAACGUAUACAAAUCUGUAAUAACCAACACAUCAAAGGAAAUGAGCUCCUUCAGUGACUUCCCAUUCCCAGAGGUUUGCCCCAACUUCUUACAUCACUCAGUGCUCCUGGAGUACCUCAGACUGUACGCUGAACACUUCCAGCUUCUGGACUACAUACACUUGAAGACUACAGUAUGCAGUGUCCAAAAACAUCCAGAUUUCACAGCUACAGGACAGUGGGUGGUUUAUACCGAGAAGGAUGGACAGCGAAAAUCAGCCAUCUUUGACGCCAUUAUGGUAUGCAGUGGCCUUUAUGCAGAGAGGAAUCUUCCACUGGAUUCUUUUCCUGGCAUAAAGAAAUUUAAGGGCCGCUACUUGCACAGCUGGGAGUACAAAGAUCCAAGAGGGUUGGAAGGGAAAAGGGUCCUUGUACUUGGUGUUGGGAAUUCUGGAGGGGACAUUGCUGCAGAAGUCAGCCGCACCGCUGCUAAGGUCUUUCUCAGCACCAGAAGUGGAACGUGGGUGUUGAGCCGCAUUUCAAAUGCUGGUUGGCCUUUCGACAUGGUCUUCACCAGCCGCUUUAUGAAUUCCAUUCAAAAGCUUCUUCCAGCAGGCACUACAAAGAAGAUGCGGACAUCGAUAUUCAAUCGGUGGUUUAACCAUGAGAACUAUGGCUUGAUUCCCCUUGAAAGUUCAUGGACACUUUUAAUUGUGAAUGAUGAGCUGCCCAGCUGCAUCCUUUGUGGUGCCGUGGUGGUAAAGACAAAUGUGAAGGAGUUCACUGAGACCUCCGCUAUCUUUGAAGAUGGAACUGUAGAAAAGGACAUAGAUGUGGUCAUCUUUGCAACGGGCUAUACCACAUCCUUCCCCUUUCUGGAGGAAUCUCUUCACAGUGCUUGCAAAAGCAAUGUUUCCCUUUAUAAAAAGAUUUUUCCUCCUCAUCUGGAGAAGCAGACGUUGGCAAUCAUCGGCUUCGUCGCAGUAACUGGAUCCCUCAUGCCAGCAGUGGAACUUCAGGCCCGCUGGGUCACGAGAGUAUUUAAUGGAUCAUGUAAGCUUCCUACAAUGAGCCAAAUGAUGACUGAAGUUGCUAAACACAAGGAGGAUCUCCAUAAACGUUUCAGAAGCAUUCCCAGACACAAGGGCAAAGAGCGGAUAAGCUUUAUCGAGUACAUGGAUGAAAUUGCCACCUGCAUAGGUGUCAAGCCCAGUCUGCCGCUGCUCUUCCUAACAGAUCCUAAGCUUGGCCUUGAAGUUUUCUUUGGCCCCUGCACUUCUUAUCAGUUCCGCCUGACUGGACCAGGCAAGUGGGAGAAAGCCCGAAGUACAAUCCUGACCCAGUGGGACCGAGCUCUGAAACCUCUGAAGACUCGAGUUGUAGAUGUCUCUCCCAAACGCACCUCUGUUUCCUGCUGGGUUAUAGUCUUUGGCAUACCUGCAUUCCUUGGUUUCAUUUGGCUGGUUUUUAAGUACUCAUCUCCUUCAUGGUUAUCCUGAUAAAGUGAAGGGGCAAUGCCCUUUCUAGUUUGGAUUUAUUGCACACUUUAGUAUUUUAAUUAUGCACAGCCAUGGGGCCCUUUGGGUGUUGCCACAAUUAAUUCUUCUCAGAAGGUUAAAGUGCCCCAGGUUCCUUUCAGGACUUCAGUGAGAUGGUCAGUCGUGCAUACCACUGGUUAGAGAUUACUAUUCCAACUAGCUUAUUAAGCACAAUAGUACACUGUACUUACCAGCAACAGCAAAUCAACAAGCAAAAGCUGCCUUCAUGUUAUGUCACCCACAGGAAUCAAGGACACCAACAAAAAGUAAUGUAACACAGUGCCCCCCUGUAUGCUUCAAAGGUGCAGAACAUGUCUUGUCUUUUCAGAGAUGACAAGAAGGAAGCAGACAGCCUCAGUCAUGUUUAUUUUGUUCCUGCUCAGGUGGAGAAUUUAGAAAAAAGCUUGGUUUCUUAAGAUGUUCUCUGUCUCUCUCCCUCCCUGGCUUCCCACUGGCCAGAUGGCUGCAUUAUCUACAAAAUGUGCAACUGCAUUGCACAGUUUCUGCGUUGGGCAUGUGGAGUGUGGUUAUCCUGGUUAAGUAAUAAAUGAUGAAGAAAAAAUAUCCUGCAAGUCAGGAGAGACAUUUAUAUUUUUAUUUUAUUUAUUUUCACUUAACAAAAUUUAUAUCCUGCCUUUCUGCCCUCAUAAGGGCCACCAAGGUGUGCACUGAAUUAAAUCAUGCAUAAUAAUAUCACUUUUUAAAGCCAUUAAAACCAACCAAAACAAAAAGGACAACAUAAAACACAACAUUAAAACAAUUAAAACCAGGAUAGGUUCCUAAGAGCAUAGGCAGUCCUUCGGGUAUAUUGGUUCAAAUCAUAUACGUCUUUAAAGGUGUAUACACGAGCACCUUGAAUUUUGCCAAGAAACAAAUUGUGAGCCAGUGUAGAUGGGUCAAGACUGGGGUGAUAUGACCCCCUUCAGUCAUGACCUUGGCUUCAGCAUUUGGCACCAGUUGAAGCUUCAUUCUGAAUACCUCUCAAGGGCAGCCUCGUGGAACACAGUGCACUACUCUAAUCUAGAUGUAACCAGGGCAUGCACCACAGUGACCAGUUCUGCCCAGGAAAGGCCACGGCUGGCUGUCCAGCUGAAGCUGUUAGCAGCAGUUCUGGUCACAGCUACCAUCUGCUUAUCUAGCAGUAGGCCUGGGUCCAAGACCACCCUCAAACGACAAAAGUAUCCUUUCAAAGGGAGUGCAACCCCAUCCAAAAUGGCAGGGUGACACUUUAUACUUUCCCACCUCUAGAAUUCCUUUCUCCCUGAAGGUCAAGUCAAUGUGAAGAAUACUCCUAAAAGUAGCAGAUAGGGCUUCGUUACGUUUUGGUUUUUUAUCCCAAGAGUAUUUUCCUCCCAGCCUCUCAGUUUAUCAUUCUCCUCUCAUACCUCACACAAAAAAUGUGUGGUAUCCACUUAGAUUAGGGGGGCCCUUUUUUAAAGUCUGUGUGUGCCUUUGGGGUUCUGACAUAGGGAAUAGAUACAAUCACAAAAUGGCUGCCACCGGAGGCCGAGCCAACCACACAAUGUCAGCUACUGAGGUCAUGCAUAACUCUAACAGAAGCUCUGUUUAACAGGAUGCCUUUUUAAAUGAAUAUAUUGUUUAAAUAUAUUUUCUAGCAUAUAUACAACUUACCUUCAGUCACAUGGUGCAGAUCUUUAUGUGGUGGCCUCAUCUGCUGCCAAGGAAGCAUUUUUUUAAAACCUGCACAGCCAAUCAAAUCUCUUUCUCCAAUGACCAAGAAGAGCUGAAGAGCUCCUGUCAGACUUGUGCAUAACCUCACUCCCUGACAUUUUGUGGUUUUCUCUGUCUCCUGCGACAGCCAUCUUGUGGGUUCACCCACCACCUUCUGACAGAAUUCCAAAUGUGCCACCAGAGGAUGAGGGGAUGUUGGAAUUAGCUUAACAUAUCCUCUGGGACUGAGGCUGAGGAAGACAGAGUACUGAAGCCGUCAUGCCUGGAAAAUUAUGAGUUGCAGACACCUCCCUGAUAUGGUUGCCAAGUCCAGGCUGGGAAAUUCCUGGAGAUUUGGGGGGUGGAGCCUGGAAAGGGCAGGGUUUGGGGAAGGGAGGGUCCUCAGAAUGGUAUAAUGCAUUCCUUCCUGGGUGGUUCCGUAUGAAGUAAUAGAUCCGAGAACUGUGGAUAAUGAGCAGCAGUGUUUAACUUACAAGGAGAUAACACGAAUAUAAUGUUUAAAAUUGAGAAUAAAAACAGAGGAAGAGUUGUCUCCAUGUUAUGGAUGGUUUCAAUAUAGACAGAUUAGAGAUCUUUACAAUUCAGAUUGUUUGAAAGGAGGAAUAAGAAUGGAGAACUCGGAAUUAGAGGAUGUAAUUUUCCAAGAAGGCAAAAAGGAAAUCUCAAGGAUUUAUAAAGUACUUUUAAAAUGGUUUACAGAGGAUGAGACAGUAAAAGUCUAGAUGGUGAAGUGGGCUAUAAACUUUCAUAAAGAAAUAACAAUGGAGGCGUGGGAAUACCUGUGGAAAACGACAUUGAAGAUCAUGACAUGUACAAAUAUUAAAGAGAAUGUUUAUAAAAUGAUUUAUUGUUGGUAUCUAACACCAAAGAAAAUUGCGCUAGGAAAUAUUAAUAUGUCAAAUAAAUGCUGGAAAUGUAAAAAACAUGAAGGAUCUUUGUAUCACAUGUGGUGGACUUGCGAGGUAGCUAAGCAAUACUGAGGAGAAAUAACAGAUGUAAUUAAUGAGAUUUUACAAACCCAAGUGAAUAAAAACCCAGAAUUGCUGCUACUGAGUUUGGGAAUGGAAGAUGUUCCAGUGCAACAUAGAACAUUGUUAUUUUACAUGACUGUAGCAGCGAGACUUUUAUAUGCGCAGAAAUGGAAAGUACAAGAAAUACCAACCGUGGAAGAUUGGAUUUACAAAUUGCUGUACAUGGCCGAGAUGGAUAAAAUGACAAGGAAACUUAAGGAUCUUGAUCCAGGAGAAUUUAAUGCAGACUGGGAGAAAUUGAAACAAUAUUUGGAAAAAAAAUGGGUCGUGAAAGGUGAACUGUGGCAAUUCGAGAACUACUGAAAUGUAACAAAAGAAGAGAGAAGUGACUUUACCGGGAAAGGGGAAAUUCUAUUAUUAAUCUAAACUAUCAUUAGGGUUAUGAUAAACUUAAAAAUUAUAGAGUAUUAUAUAACAGAUGUUUUAUUAUGAAUAUAUAAGGUUAUGCUAGUUAGUUUUUAUUUACAAUAUAUAGCUUAAGUAGAGUAUAUAAUGGAUAUUUUAGUAUAACAGAUAUUUUAUAGACUUUAAAUAAGCUUAGAAUAAGAAAUGUUAAAAGAUGGGUGUGCAAAAGAAUAUUAGAAUCUAAGUUAAUAUUAGAAUUAGGAUGAUUGUGAAAAGUAAAGAGUUUAACUAAAUGGAAAGUAAAAUGGAUAUAAUGUUAUAUUUUUAUUACUAGGAUUGCUAAUAUAUAUUAUUAUGCUAGCAUUGGCUUAUUCAGAAUAGAUGGUUUAACUGAGGUAAUUAAUUGUAUUAUUAAGAUAUUUUUAGUAGAGAUUUAAUAAGCUUAGAGAAAAGAGUAUUAAGGAUGUGUUUAAUAGAAGAUUGGAGAUAUUAAGCAAUUAAGUAAUAAGAUAGACUAAGGGCUGGAAAACUGUUGGAAGUCAAACAAAAAGGGGGGAGGAAAGGGAGGGGGUUAGAAAUAGUUUUACAAGGGGGUAAUGAAUGUAUUGAAUGAUAUUAUAAUCUAAUCCAAUAAAAAUUUCUUAAAAAAAAAAAAAGAAUGGUAUAAUGCCAAAGCAGCUAUUUUCUCCAGGGAAACUGAACUUUGUUGCCUGGAGAUCAGUUGUAAUUGCGGGAGAUCUCCAGCCACCGCCUGGAGACUGGCAAACCUAUCCCUGAAUGAGACCUGACAAGAGAGCAACUGACAUCCUGCUCACCAGAGGAAAAUAUUAAAUGAUUCGAUGACUAUGAAUGAAGUAUCACAGGCAUUUAAAAAGCAAAAUAAGGGGAAAUCACCAGGACCUGAUGGCAUUCCAGCUGAAUAUUACCAAUGCUUUGAACAGAUUUUAGCGGGACCAUUUCAAGUGUUUGAUGGAGAAAAUAUGGGAUACAGAGCCCUUACCAGAAACCUGGAAAGAAGCUACGAUUUCAUUAAUACAAAAGGAUGGAGCGGAUUUGAAGGAAAUUAAAAAUUACAGACCAAUCUCAUUGUUGAAUGU